AUGCAGACGCCACGCCUGACCCCGUACCUCAAGUACCGAGCUCCUCUAUUGACGCUGAUGAGGUUGUUGUCCGGUUGGGUGUUUCUGCCUCCAUCGGGAGAAUCCGAGAUGAUGUGGCGAAAGCGAUUAUAUGGAAAAAGUUCGGCGAUGAUUAAGCUGUUUGUCGCGCAAGUGAUUGACAGACACCUGCCGUUGUCAUUCACGAUGGCAAUACCGUGA